AUGGAGAACUACCAGAAGAUUGAGAAGAUCGGAGAGGGGACGUAUGGAGUUGUUUAUAAGGCGAGAGACUUAAGCCACCAGGGCCGUAUCGUCGCGUUGAAGAAAAUUCGCUUGGAAGCAGAAGACGAGGGCGUACCGAGCACGGCCAUCCGCGAGAUUUCGCUUCUCAAGGAGAUGCACGACCCCAACAUCGUUCGCCUAUUCAACAUCGUACACGCUGACGGACACAAGCUGUAUCUUGUUUUCGAAUACCUGGAUUUGGAUCUGAAAAAAUACAUGGAGGCACUUCCGAUCAGCGAAGGCGGCAGAGGCAAAGCCUUGCCGGAUGGAUCGAACCUUGAUAUGAAUAGGCUAGGUCUCGGGGAAGCCAUGGUCAAGAAAUUCAUGGCACAGCUGGUGGAGGGCGUUCGCUAUUGUCACAGCCACCGUGUCCUGCAUCGUGACCUGAAACCUCAGAACUUGUUGAUCGACCGGGACGGUAAUCUGAAAUUGGCAGAUUUUGGCCUGGCGAGAGCGUUUGGUGUUCCCCUGCGGACGUACACCCAUGAGGUGGUCACUCUUUGGUAUCGCGCACCUGAAAUUCUCCUGGGUGGCCGGCAAUAUUCCACUGGAGUUGAUAUGUGGUCUGUCGGUACCAUCUUCGCCGAGAUGUGCACUCGCAAACCACUUUUCCCCGGAGACUCUGAAAUUGACGAAAUCUUCAAGAUCUUUAGAGUACGCGGUACUCCCGAUGAGAGAUCGUGGCCUGGGGUGACUUCAUUUCCCGACUUCAAAUCUUCCUUUCCAAAAUGGAGGCGAGAGGACAUCCGAAAGCUCGUCCCGGGUCUUGAAGAAAGCGGGAUCGCGCUUCUUGACGCCAUGCUCGAGUAUGAUCCGGCGCGCCGUAUUUCCGCUAAACAGGCCUGUGUCCAUCCUUAUUUCCGAUCUUGCAGUUCAACCUACUCCGGGCGGGGCCGGGGCGUGACAGCCUUCCAAUGA